AUGGGAGGCGGUGAUCUCAACUUAAAAAAGUCUUUCCACCCAACGCUUCGGCGUAACCAAGCGGCUGUUUACGAUGAAGAACAGAAAGCUCUGGCCGAGCGCAAACGUACACAGCAACGCAUCGAUGAGAUCAAAGAAGAGCGCGCCAAGGAAGAGCUACAGCGACAGCUGGAGGCCGCAGGAGGAAAAAAGAGAUUGGACAGAGUCGACUGGAUGUACCAAGGGCCUACCGAUGGCCAGGCCGGCACGACUGAAGAAAUGGAAGCAUACCUUCUCGGAAAGCGACGAAUCGUCAACCUGAUCAAAGGCAACGAACUCGAGAAGCUGGAGAAGAAUGCCGGACAAGAGAGCUUCAUGGCUCUGCAGAAUGCAAACAGUGCUAGAGAUACAGCAGCCAAGAUUCGAGACGACCCUCUGCUUGCGAUCAAGCGCCAGGAACAGGCUGCCUACGAAGCCAUGAUGAACGACCCCGUUCGACGCAAGCAACUGUUGGCCUCGAUGGGCAAGACAGAUGAAAGCGACAAGAAAGAUAAAAGCAGACAUCGCGAAGACGGGCAGAGAAGACGCCACCGCCGUCACAGCGAUCGAGACAGGGAUCGCGACCAGGAUCGUUCGCACAGAUCCCGACGUCGCUCGUAUUCGCGGUCUCGAAGCCCACGUCGUCGCCGAUCCGAUUCUCGGGAUAAUGGGAGAGUUACGAAACGGUCGCGAGAUGAAUCCGAGGGAAGAAGCUCUCGACGCCACCGGGACGACUCAAGAGACAGAAAACCUAGCGCGCGGGACGAUUCGCGCUGGCACGACAGGUCGCCCCAAAGAGAGCGUGAUUCGGACACCAGGAAACCACGGUACCGAUCUCCUGAGACUGAUAGAUCUCAUCACCGCGACUCAUAUGCUAGGAGAGGAGAUCGACCACAGCACGGUCAAAACGGCGAUAGACGGUUUAACGGCAAUGGAGGCAGGCGUGAUGGGCAUGGAAAUGGACGAGAGAACAACAACAGAGAAGAUGAGCGGACUAGGGAAGAAAGGGCACAGAAACUUGCCGCUAUGCAGAGUGCCGCCAGCGAACUGGACCAAGAUCGCAGCAAGAGGCUGGCGGCGAUUGAGGAAAGGGAAACCCUCGCCCGAGUUGCGGAUGAUAGUGCGCGGGAGCGCAAUGGCGAUAGAGCAUUCACAAACGGCCUGCAUCGGCAAGCCGGAGAUAUGGAUCUCGGUACUCGAAUGGGGCGCAACAAGCAUGGGUAUCAGAAAGACGACGAUUGA